AUAAUUAGGUUAUAAGAUGUCUAUGAACUUUAAAUAGGUCUUAUAAGAUAUCUAUGAACAUGGCUGAUACAUCAAUCCCAAGUCCAAGUCGACGUACGUUAAGUUCUGGGGUAAGUUGGACGGAUGAUCUUCCCCUUUGCCAACUAUCGGACGUUGGUAUGGCAUCAAACGUGGCGUAUCUGACCGACGGACGACAAACCGAAGCUUUCCCUUACGAGGAUCGAGCGUUUAACUUUGCCACGGACUACGAUUGUUAUUUAUACGGGGUGUUCGAUGGUUACGAGGGGAGUCGCGCUGCUCACUUCGCGGCUGAACGAUUACCGGCUGAGUUGUUGCUAGGACAACUAACGUCAUUCGUGAACGAGAAAUCCACAAAGAACAUCCUCCAGCAAGCCAUCAGUAUCGUUGAACGAGGUUUUUUUGAGUCGAUCGAUAUUGAACUCGCAAAGAUAACACAUCUGCAAUCACAGUUACCUGAGCGUUUGACUCCCGAAUCAGCAGAGCGACAUUAUUCAUCCAUAGUUCAACAAAUAAAGUCACUUAAUGACUCAAUAAGAGGAGGGACAACAGCUGUUGUUGCGUUGGUGGUGAACAAUAAUCUGUACAUCGCUAACGUGGGUGACAGCCGAGCAUUGUUGUGUCAACGCGACCCAGGAGGGGUAGUGAAGGUUCAACAAAUCACCGUUAAUCAUGACAUAAACAAUGAGGACGAGUUGGAACGACUUUCAAAGCUCGGGUUGAAUGUUGAGAAGAUAUUGGAGAGGGGAAGGCUGGGAAUGAACGAAUGUACUCGUUGUAUCGGUGAUUAUUGGGUGAAAGGGGGUUAUAAGAAGAACCCCGAUUUAAAGGGGGCAACGAGCGAACCCAUUAUUGCAACCCCCGAUAUUUAUGGGGGGUUACCCUUAACUGAGAUAGAAGGUGGUUUCCUUGUCCUCAUGUCAGAUGAUGUUUACAAAUCACUUGAACAAUCAACGGGGCACGAAAACGCAAACAUAGAUAUCGCAAACAUGGUUUCGCAUGAGAUGUUAUGUAGGAAUACCAUGCAAGGCGUUGCACAAAAUGUGAUCGACAAGAUAUCGUUCACGCACAGUAAAGCAUUCGGACGUGCUCAUUCAUUAAGCAGAGGUGAUAUCACACUAGUGGUUCGUAACAUCAGCCAUCCACUUGGCAUCGACGCAUUGCCCGACAUUAACCCUAUUCUACCAGACUUGUCAGGUCGCCAUCCAGUGUCCGUACCAUACAAACGAAACUCUCGAGAAAUUGUUCAUACAACUGGGGAAUACCCUGCGGGAAUUCCCACUUUAUCCCUCGUCAUGCCCCCACAAUCGGGGCCAGAGAAUGAACCCAUUGACCUUACCCCCGCUGGGACUUCCCCACCCUCGGAGGACACCCCCACAAACUUAGUAGUGGGCGGCGCCACGUUCCCCCCCACCCCUCUAGAGAACCUCUACUAUCGAUCCAACGCGCACCAACCAGCCAAGUUAGACUCGCAGAACCGAGUGGCUCCUUAUGUUAGUUUCGAUACGUUCGAUAACGAGGCUUGGAACAAAAUGCAGGAAGCCAAGAAAGCUUUGGUUUCAUAGGUUUUUGCCAACUCUGGUAUACAGGUGUUUAUAACUAAGGGAAG